CACACUCAAGUCGCCCAUUUCUUAGAAAUAAAAAACACACCAGUUAGAGAGGUUUUCAUCAUAAUCUACUUCGCUGAUCAUGGCAGUGCUUUUUUCAGAUUUAAAUCGAAGAAAGAAGAAAUGGCUGGUUUUUGUUAAGGUCUUAAGCAUCUGGAAUAAUCCUCCUAAACAUCCUAAUGAUCAGACAACUAUGAUUCUUGUGGAUGAAACGGGACAAAGAAUUGAUGCUACGGUUCCUACAACUGCAAUCAAAAGGAACUUCCCUAGAGAGCUCAGAGAAGGACAGUGGUACCUUUUGUCGGAAUUUGAUGUGAUUCCACCUUCAUUGCCUGAAAGGAACUCUGAUCAUGUUUACCAAAUUAGCUAUGUAUGUGGAGUGGUUGUCAGUGUCUCUCCUGUUGGAAGACUUUUGGAAGGUGGAAGUGAUUUGGAUUCAAGAUAUGUUACUUUCACACUGAAGGAUACUAUUGGCCAUUACUUGAAUUGUGUGGCAAAAGGAAAUUCCUGUGAAGAAUUUGUUAGGAAGUAUUCUAGAAGAAUAAGUGAUGUGGAUUAUCACAAUGAACCAAUCAUGAUUGUUCUGCGAUUUUGGAGGAUUUCAGAGUUUCAAGGUAAACCUUGCUUGAUUACUGGUGUAGGUUGUCCAAGAAUUUUCUUUGAUCCAAAUUUCCAUGACAUCAACAGACAGCAUUUCAUGAAGUGUUACACUCAGGGAGAUGAUGAAUUCACACCCUCAGAUGAUGAUGAGCAAAACCUUUUAUGUUCAACAGGAAACCAAGUCAUAAUGGAAAAAAACGAUAAUACACAUGGUCUAACUUCUCCUGAAGUCACUCCAACUCCUAAAAGAAAAAGAACAACAUCUAAUGUACUCCGUACUAUAGAUGAUCCACCUUCAGCAGAAAGCCAUAACAAAACUGCUGUUGCAAUCAAUUCCGUAUUUAGAAGAGUUUUGACAGAUAUAUCUAACUCACCAGGUAGUAGCCGUGGACUAUCACCAUCUGACCAAAGAACUUUCUCAUGUUCCACUGCAAGAGGCCAGGAAAAUGUUUCAAACACUCCAUAUCAAACUCCUGUUUCUAAAAAAGCAAGAAAUUUCUCCCCUAUCCCAUGUAGUCCAUUCAACAAAUCCCAGCUAACCUCAACAAUAAUCGGUGACAACUCAUAUCAACCUCAAUCUUCUUAUUCUCUUAAUGAUGAUAUUUCCGGAGCUUCUGCGGCAAAAAACAGAACCAAAGAUAAUCCUGCAGGAUCCGUGUUAACAUUACAAAAGGAUUCUGUUACUCCUGAUUUCCUUGAUUCUCAUCAUGGUGAUAUGGAGGAUAAUGAUAGUAAUACAGAUACAGAUGAAGAUGAUCAUUUCACAGAUUAUCAAGACUCCACCGAAGGAGAAUAUGAAGACAACUACCAAGAAGAUUUAUACUGCAGCAGUCAAGAAGAAUUAUCUUCCGAUUCUUCAUCAGAUGAAGAUGACUAUGCUGAAGAAUGUGCUUACAACCCGAAAGAAGCAAUUUAUCGAGCUAAAGAACGUUUUGACAUACUUACUAUGUUAGAGAAUGCUUUUGGUAAACCUAAGGAAACGCCCAGCAUUCCACCUAAGCAAAAAAAUGGUAUUCUUCCAAUUUUGACUCAUUUAUCGGUGACUAGCAAAUAGACUUACUAUAGUAAGAUAUACCUUAAUUAGAUUUUUU